AUGGCAUGUGAUGCUCGCAUGAUGGACGCAGACGCCAGGGCAGCUACAGUACAGACGAUAGCCGGACACAUGGAGGAUGCGCUAGAAAUCCAGCGAGAAGUAACCGAUGUCUCAGGGUUAUGUGUGUCGAAACGUUGGGGAAAUUACGUCACAUGCUUGUAUGUGUUCAUUAAGAUGCUCUAUCUAGGCAAUGUUGUUCUUCAAGUGAGUUGGAUUUCAUUUGUUUCGAUGCAAGUGCAGUGUUCAUGA